CUAUGAUCUACCGAGAAGUGUGACUUCAUACAUCAAGGGCGCCUUUGCAAAGAACUUGACCAUUAAUUUAAAGAACCUAGGUUUCUUUGUGCAUCCUACUCAUCAGACUUGACCGAAAAUAUCAGAGGUGCUGCUAUAAGCGAAAAAAAAAUUCAGAGUCUUUGGAAGCUCAUCCGGCGACCCCGACCGCGCGCAUGGCAGGCCUCGACGACCCGCGCCUGGCAUCCCGCCAGGCGAGUUCAGCAGCAUCUGACCAAAUUGCUGCGGCAAGCAUUGCCCGCAUCAAUUGGGAGUUUUUCCACCCGCGGCCUCUGCAGUCAUCAGACCGGCACCGCAGACGUUUUGCCGAGCGUUAUAUCGGCAACCCGGCACGGAUAACGGGUCGGGAGCUUCGGCAAGAGGAGGUCGAUGCCAUUGUAGACCACUUCAGCCGGGGCACCAGGGCCGAAAAGAUGUACGGUAUCCCGGCGAGCAUCGCUUGCACGUAUUUUUUCUGGAAUAGGGGUGCCAAUUCGUACCGCUUCCCCUUCCUGGGUCCUCGCCCGGUUCCGCGUUUCCUAGCGGCCCUGUCCUCUCCCGCGAUUGCGCAUUGGACCUGGCAGCUAGUCCGGUUCCUUACCUAUGACGUUCUGUGCAAUAUAGCUGUGAGCGAGCCCGUGGGCAGGCUGGCCUUUAGCUACGCAUCAGAUGGAUCGCUGAGCGAUCCUAGACUGGCCCAGCUGCGCCAGGACCACGAGCGGAGACUUCAUAAUAUCCGCGACCAGCUCAUGCAGCAGGCCGCCCGCAGACGCCCUGGGAGCGCGGGCCCUGGCGGUGCGGGCGGACCACAGAGGCCGCGGACCCUGCCCGACCAUGACAACGACUACACACAAACGCCAGAGGAAUACACCCAGUCUGACGGCUGGCAGUCGGCUGAUAGCCAGCCGGCCGCCCAAACCGCUCCAGCCGAGACUUUUCCGGUGCGUCCGACUUGGCCAAGGGCUUCUCCUGCGCCGCCGCCACCACCUCAGCAACCGCAGGGAUCCUUCGAUAAUGAUGAUCCUUUUGAUGAUGCCUCGCCUGUGGCUCGUGACUGGAGGGACGAAUCCUCGUCGCAACCCUCGUCGGGCCGGCCGGGAGAGUCGGCUUGGGACCGGUUGAGGAGGCAGGCGCAAUCCAAAGAUCAAAACCCGCCACAGCCAUCUUGGGAAGCCAGGCGGCAAAAGCCCGGCUCCCAGUCUCAGGCAGAUCAGGACUGGACAUACAAAUCCGAUGAAGACUCACAUUCCGAGACGGAACGAGAAAGGGCGCAGAAAGAGUUUGAUGCAAUGCUGGAACGUGAAAGACGGGCUGAGCAGAGUGGAAGACGUCGGUGAGAUUGAUAUGUUUGUCUGCGGGUGGCAGUCUUAUUGUAAGAUAAGUAUACGCAUGCGGACAUGACUAGUCACACAGACAACAAUUCAUAACCUUGCCGUGUAUCAUUGCAUGAAGCUAUUAUCGUGCUUUGCUGAACACAUCUGUAAUUGGGCCUCAUUUAGGCGUCCCGAGUGUGGCCACCUACAACUUUCAUUAUUCACGACAGGUCUCGCCCUGUAUAAUCAGUCUAUUCAUGGAGCAAUAAAUAUAUCUCACAUAAACCUAUGGUCGGUCUAUCUCUCGGUUAUCACAGAAAAGGUUUUUACACAAGGGAAGGAAAGCGCACUACUUCAUCCUAUACACUGAGAAUGAGAAUCAUGUAAACCUAGCAACCCGUUCACUCCUUGCCGAAAGAAAUUAGAAAACCAUUGCGACAGGCUCCAAACCAGCUUCUG